CCCGUCCGACCCUUUCUCUCUGCAUGUUGCCUUGACAGUCCCUCCCGUUCAACCGAUUGACCUUGGCCAACCAUCUUGCAAUCGUCGGACCACGCCCGCUCUCUUCGACUGUAUUGACCGCAUCUGCUUGCUUAUUCAUCCCUGCAAGAGUGUCCAAGUUGUCCGAGUUGUUGUCCGAGUCUGCUUGCGGCUACCGUGGACAUCCGUCGCUAUGAAGGUAGACAACGGGUCGGAUUCGAGGUCGACCUCCCCCUAUGGGGAGCCUUCUGCCGUCGACACGGUCCCUCGGGGCUGGUCGGCCUGGUUUGGCGGCCCCAAUACUACCGUUGGUCCUCGCAUUACACCCCGCGUCAUCGUUCCCGUAUCUGGAGACACUCCCGAAGACUCGGAUAGCGCUAUGAAUAGCGAUGCUAUUCUUGAGAAGCAGCUGGCCCAAGAGGCCGGGAGCGCCAUUCAAUAUCGCACUUGUAGCUGGCAAAAAACUGCUGCUCUACUCUUCUCCGAAUACAUCUGCCUGGCUAUCAUGAGCUUUCCUUGGUCUUAUAGCAUACUUGGCCUGGUACCUGGCGUUAUCCUCACUAUCGUCCAGGCUCUUCUCGUUCUCUAUACUUCCCUCAUUCUAUGGCAGUUUUGCUUGAGACAUCCAGAAGUCCGAGAUGUUUGUGACAUAGGGCAGAUGCUUUUCUGGAAUAAAAAAUGGGCAUGGUGGUUCACCGCCGUCAUGUUCGUUCUGAACAACACAUUCAUUCAAGGCCUCCACGUCUUGACCGGAGCCAAGUAUGUGAACACCUUGAUUGGCGGCGAGACCGACGCUAUCUCCUGCCAGACCGUAAGCAUUGGUCUCAUCGUGGCUAUCAUUUCAUGGAUUGCUUCAUUGCCUCGUACUUUCAGUGUACUUUCCCACCUGGGGACCGGAUCGGCGGUUUUCACAUUCGUCUCCGUACUCCUGGCAGUCAUCUUCGCUGCCAUCGAAAGCCACCCUGCUGGAUACUCUGCGGAAGCGGUAACCGACCCCUCGACAGGCAAAGUCAUGCCCUCAGGAGCACCUAUCGUGACCGCCAUACCGCUAGUCACCACUACUUUCGUCAGUGGUCUCAAUGCUUUCCUCAACAUAAGCUACACUCUUAUUGGCCAGAUCACACUACCUAGCUUUAUCGCUGAAAUGAAGGAGCCCAAGGAUUUCCCCAAGGCUCUAUGGGCAUGCACCAUUGCUGAAAUCAUUGUCUUCACGAUCGUCGGAGCCACGGUAUAUGCUUAUACAGGAAACCAAUACAUGACUAGCCCCGCCUUUGGCUCUCUACAGCCCAUAUACAAGAAGGUCGCUUUCUCUUUCAUGGUCCCAACGAUCAUCUUCCUCGGUGUCCUUUAUGCCUCAGUUUCAGCUCGUUUUGUAUUUUUGCGCAUUUUCCACAACUCCCGACACAAAAACGAGAACACUAUCGUUGGUUGGGCCACUUGGGCUGGUAUCUUGUUGGUAACUUGGCUUCUCGCCUUUGUUAUUGCAAAUUCCAUCCCCUUUUUCAGCUCUCUUCUCUCCCUCCUCUCGUCUCUAUUCGACUCGUUCUUUGGGUUCAUCUUCUGGGGAGUAGCUUACUUCCGCAUGAGAAAAGCAGACGGCGCUGUUUCUCUUCUAAGGGACCGAACUUUCCGUGGCUGGUUUGAGGGUAUUCUAAAUAUCAUCAUUAUCCUCACAGGUCUGUUCUUCCUGACUGCGGGUACCUACGCCACCAUCCAGGGCAUCAUAGAUGAAUACGAGGCAGGGACAGUGGGCCGGCCAUUUUCGUGCGCCAGCAAUGGCAUUUAAAGGAGAUAUCUAGUUUCUUUU